UACCCACACACUAAUCAGUUCAUCAAUCCUUGGUUUUAAGUAAAGUAAAGCAAACAAUGGCAGCAAGGUCUCCCUUAGGCAUAGUACUAGUUUUGAUCAGCUAUUGUUCUUUGGUAACUGCACUUAGUGGCACGGCAACCUUUUAUAAUAAAUACGUUCCUUCGUAUUGCUAUGGGAACAAAAAUCAGGGUGUGAUGAUUGCGGCAGCCAGUGAUGCAUUGGGGAACAAAGACGCUGCUUGUGGACAUAUCUACAAUGUUACCUGUGUGGGUCCCACUAAUGCGGUCCCACAUCCUUGUACGCGUACACCUACAGUGACAGUGAAAAUCGUUGACUAUUGUCCUGGAUGCGGAGGAACCAUUGACUUAUCUGCAGUAGCAUUUGCCAAGAUUGCUAAUUCUGUAGCUGGUGUCAUCAAGAUCGAAUACAAUAGGAUAAAAUAAACAAAGAAGAAUGGGAAGUACGGGAUAUGCACAGUGCUGGUGCUUUAGAGAAUGUUUUACAAAGAAAUAAAUGGUCGAGUGGCCUGUAAUACGAUUGGCAGUAUUGUAUUCUUUUUUCAAUAUGACAGACACCAUUGGCAAUAAUAAAAUGAUGAGCAAAAAUCUUUUCAGCU